AGGUAAUGAGCUUUAAGAACCUUAAAGAGGCACGAGCUAAGCGUUUUGAGAAAGAGGAGAAAGCGUUAGCUGCUAAGGUUCCUAAGAAACAAGGGCGUAAGCCUAAGAGCUCUGCUAAAGUACCGGCAAAAGAAGUGGCAAAAGUAGCAGGUGCGAAUCUGCAAGGAGAAGGUGAAGAGGCUGACGCUCUAGUGCGAGCUGACAACAUGCCUGGGCUUUGUUAGCCAGAGACAG